GUCCGGCGCAACCCGGGCAGCCACUGCGUGACUCCGCCCGGCACGCUGAGUUGCAGCCAUGGCUGUCACCGCCGAGGGCGCCCGCCGGAGGGAGCGCGUCCUCUGCCUGUUUGACGUCGACGGGACUCUCACGCCGGCUCGCCAGAAGGUUGACCCUGAGGUGUCCGCCUUCCUGCAGAAGCUUCGAAGCAAGGUGCAGAUCGGCGUGGUGGGUGGCUCAGACUAUUCCAAGAUCGCUGAGCAGCUGGGGAAUGGGGAUGAAGUCAUUGAGAAGUUUGAUUACGUGUUUGCGGAGAACGGAACGGUGCAGUAUAAGCACGGACAACUGCUCUCCAAGCAGACCAUCCAGAGCCACCUGGGGGAGGACCUGCUCCAGGACCUGAUCAAUUUCUGCCUCAGCUAUAUGGCCCUGCUCAGGCUGCCCAAGAAGCGUGGCACCUUCAUUGAGUUCCGGAACGGCAUGCUGAACAUCUCACCCAUCGGCCGCAGCUGCACCCUGGAGGAGCGGAUCGAGUUCUCCGAACUGGAUAAGAAGGAGAGGAUCCGGGAGAAGUUUGUGGAAGCCCUGAAGACAGAGUUUGCAGGCAAAGGGCUGCGGUUCUCCCGAGGUGGCAUGAUCAGCUUUGACGUCUUCCCUGAGGGCUGGGACAAGCGCUGCUGCCUGGACAGCCUGGACCAGGACAGCUUUGACACUAUUCACUUCUUCGGAAAUGAGACCAGCCCUGGCGGAAACGACUUUGAGAUCUACGCUGACCCCCGGACUGUGGGCCACAGCGUGGUCUCCCCUCAGGACACGGUUCGGCGGUGCCGAGAGAUCUUCUUCCCCGAGACAGCCCACGAGGCGUGAGCAGUCCCCACACCUAACACUGACUUCCAGAGAGCUCUGCCCGGGCCCAUAGCGGGACACCGGCACCUGCUGGGGCAGGGGACACCUGCUUCAAGCCCCAUCCACAGGGUGAGACUGGCUCCCAGCCUCCUGUGCCCAGAGCAUCCCCGUACUCAGCCUGACGGCUGUGGCCACAGCCACUGCUCAGAGUUGGGAACAGAAUGUGUCGUGGCCACACUAGGAGGAGACAGUGGGAGUGCACGAUGUGGAGCCACCCCGCCCGCCCGCCCUGAAGAGGCAGCGCAGAGCAGUGGGCACGGGCAGAUCUUAGCACUUUGUGUCAUGACCAUUAAAGGUCCCAGGACAAGG